AUGAAGGAAGUGUCCUGCUUCUGCACGACUUUUUCUUCCUUGUUGGAACAGAUGGUGAAGGUUUACAAAUACAUGACUGGUAUUUUUUCAGUGACUCACACCUCAGAGCCACAGGUUUCAGACCGUGGCAAGCAGCUCGCCGAGAUGGAUGUAGGCAGACUUGAGGAGCAGUAUGACCAUAUAAAGCAGAAGCAAAAACUGCAGCCAGACAUUAUUGUGUAUAAAACAGGUAAACAGGAAUCUGUUCUCCCAGAAUCAAUGGUGAAUGCCGUCCUAAUUAACAAAAAAGUUAGAAGAUCAAAGUCAUAUACAGGAGAUGUUCCUGUCAGAAAGGUCACCAUGGAGACAACCAACGGUGGCAACUUAGAAGACGACUUGCUAUGGCGCAUCCACCUGGGAACUCACCGCCUGGGGCAAGCCCCGGGACGAGGAGUCUCCUGGGACCCUUCCCACCGCAAGAACAGGCCGUGGAGUUUUGACAACCAGAGACUGAUUCCAAAGGGAAGCAAUACACCCCAAUCCAAGGAAUUAGGAGGAGAAAGUGAAUUACCUGUGCUCGGUCACCUGGGAAGUUCGAGCAUGUUGAGCAGUUUCAGUGAGGAGAACGGCUGCAACAUUGCCAGCUCCUGCCAAAAGCCUCCUCUGAAAUCAGCCACUUCAGCAGUCUGGACUCAUCAGCAUAUUUCUUCUACAAAAUGCAUGCCAGCCUCCAACAAACUGAACUUUUACCCUUUCCCUAUAAGAAAGGGCCCAGAAUUUCUGAAGCAGCAAGGAAGCUUGGAUUAUAUGUCUCACCAUGAAGAUACUCAGUCAUACCUAAAACAGUCAAAAACUUGA